UCGGCGGCGGGCAUACUUGCAGAUAUUCUUAUUAUUAUUAUUGUGAUUUUGAUUGAUAUUAAACCACUUCUUUUACUUUGGCAACAAGUGUGUUGAGUCGAUUGAAAUGGAAAUUGACUUGGGAUUUGCGGAAAAACGGGACGAUGUCAACUGGCUAACCAACCGAUACUUUCCCAGCAAGUUGGGCGGUCAACCCGCGUGGCUGGAACUGGAGAGUUUGCCGCCCCCGUCUCAGCUGCAGUGCAGAAAGUGCAAGGCACCAAAAUCCUUCCUGGUCCAACUUUACGCUCCCUACGAAGAUGACUUCAAUUUCCAUCGGUCGAUCUUUGUGUUCCUAUGCCGGAAUCCGGACUGUCAGCAGGCCCAGAGUGCGGACAAUUUCACGGUGCUAAGAUCACAGUUGCCGCUAAAGAACAAGUUCUACUCUGAGGAAGAUCCAGAUGAUGAAGGUGAUCCUCUGCCAGCUAUUCCCUGCUUGAAGAAACUGUGUGCCGCCUGCGGUUGCCAUGCUCCUCACGCCUGUGCCAAGUGCAAAGCCAUCCAUUAUUGCUCCGCGGAGCAUCAGCGGGCGCACUGGCCACGCCACAAGCUAAACUGCGGAUCCACUCCAAAAAUUAAUCGCGAACCGCUCAGUAAAAUUGAGUUUCCUGAGUUUGAGAUCGUGAUGGACAGCAAUCCUACAAAGGCGUCGGAAGACGACAAGGACGACGAUGCCCGUUUGGCAGAGUUCCAGGAGCUGGAGGCCAGUGGCAAGACUGGCGACCUGAGCAACGUGUCCGAGGCGGAGAUGGACAAAUACUUUGGCAACACAGCUGCCGCUGAUGACAAGACCUUUCGACAGUUUAAGAAGCAAACGGCAGCGGAACCCGAGCAGAUUGUUCGCUACAAGCGUGGUGGCCAGCCCCUGUGGAUUACAGACACUGCCAAGUCCGUGGCGGAUCAGCUGCAGUCUUUGCCCAGCUGUACUAGUUGCGGAGGAGCGCGACAGUUUGAGUUUCAGAUUAUGCCACAGACCCUGACACUGCUGGACGAUGAGAACCUAGAUUGGGGCGUGCUGGCGGUAUACACUUGUGCCAUGAGCUGUCCCAUCGAAGGCUAUGCGGAGGAGCUGCUAAUCAAGCAGGACAUUGUCGCGGAUGAGCAGAGUUGACACAGUUAAAAUGCAUACAUGUAAAUUUUAUAUUUUUGUCAAUUGCGGAACACGAACACGAAGACAUUGUCUACUUAAGCUUGA